UCCUGAUUUAGUGAAGAUGUGAAGAUAAGUAACAGGAUAUAAGAGCUGGUGUUUGAACUGUUCAGCAGCUCAGAGCAGAACUGAAGAUCCAUCUGCUCCAGGUGAUCAUCGUCUCCAUGAAAAUGUCGACUCUGCCUUUACUUCUUGUUGCCAUGAUGGCUCUGACCAGAGCUGCUGUUCUUCCAGAUACUGAAGCUGGAAAUGGGGCAGAAACUGGAGGAGAGAUGGAUGUUUUCAAGAGGACAUAUCAUUCUGAAUGUCCAUGGGGUUGGAGUAAAUAUGGCCAGCGCUGCUUUCACUUUGUUCCAAGAGAAAUGACUUGGUCUGAUGCUCUGACAAACUGUUGGUCCAUGGGUGCAAACCUGGCAUCUGUCCAUGAUGCUGGCGAGUAUCACUGGAUCCAGAAGCUCAUAGCAGAUCGAUCUCAUGCACAUCCUCUGGCAUAUAUUGGAGGCACUGACAUGUUACAUGAGGGUCAUUGGCGGUGGACUGAUGGCUCACCUUUCCUUUUUUCAUACUGGUGCCAUGGAGAGCCAAACAAUGCUGGUUGGCAGCACUGUCUGCAGAUGAACUAUACAGGAAAUAAAUGCUGGGCUGACGUGUGGUGCCACUUUCCCAGAGCAUCUGUCUGUGCCAAGAAGAUCUGAUGAAUCUACUGAUUCAACGGCAUCAAAGCAAAAACCAAAUUAGUGGAAAUUGUUCUGUCUUUAUUUUUCUCUUAUCACUGUAAUGCUGUGCUAGGCGCGAAUCAACAAUUAUCUCCAA